AUGUUUGGGAUCUGCGGGAAAUGUGUUUCCGUGGAGAGCGAAGCAGAAUUCAGAAGGCUCCUGUGCAUCACAACGCUGAUGGGGGACUUCUAUAAGAGGCAGCUGACUGCACAGCGGUGGCUCUCUUCGAACGGCGUCGCAGAGGCCGACGCUGCCACCUGGGUUGGAGCCACCUUCGCCACUUUCGCGGCGGACAGCAGCGCAGCAGAGGCUGACACUUUUUCGAAGCUCGUGGAAGAGCAGACCCCUGGUGGACUCAACGAGAUGGUUUGGAAAGCCCAAGAAGCUGAUGAAUCCUACCAGUCCCUGGCGUAUUCCUUGGAUGCGGUCUUCCACCGGCUGGUGGCCGGCGCGGAGGAUCUCUCCCUGGCACCCGCGGCCAAGCGGUUGAAACGCUAA